UUUGUUCUCUGAAUAUAGGCAAAACUCCCAGUUUACUGCUCGUGCGUAAUUUCCCGAUUUGGAAUACAACGUUUGAGUGUGCAUUAUGGCGAAGCGUACGAAGAAGGUCGGAAUUACUGGAAAGUAUGGCACACGCUACGGUGCCUCACUUCGUAAAAUGGUCAAGAAGAUGGAGGUCUCACAACACUCAACUUUUACCUGCCAAUUUUGUGGAAAAGAUGGCAUGAAGCGUACAUGUGUUGGAAUUUGGUCCUGUAAGCGGUGCAAUCGUGUUGUAGCAGGAGGUGCUUAUACACUGUCCACCGUUGCCGCAGCGACUGCCCGUUCAACCGUUCGCCGAUUACGUGAAGUGAAGGAACAGUGAAUCUUUUUCGACGCGGUGUAACUGUUGAAUGAGAUUAAUCUGAAAUCCUUGAAAUGUGAUCUACGCGUCAUUUAAUGUGUCCUUCUGUCGCAGGUUAGAUUUCCUUCGCGGUUAAUUUAUUCUCCUGCCAGAUGGUAGAUAUGUUUCUUCAGACUUCCCUCUAAAAACCGUACUGUUAACUUUCUUAUUCUGCGUUAUUCCAGUUCCUUUUUUAUUUUUGAAAUGUCGAGUUCGGCGGUAUCUGGUCAGUGCGCGAAGAUGCUUGGCGUCAUGUUCGUCGCCAGAGCGGCGCAAUCGACAUCCCAGAUGACAGCAUUGCGAACAUGCUACAACUCUUGCCGAGACAACCUAAAACUGACGAAGAGCACCAAAGUUAUUUGCCAAGGGUUUACAGGGAAGCAAGGCACGUUUCAUAGCCGGCAAUCUAUUGAAUAUGGCUCAAAUUUUGUCGGUGGGGUUUCUCCCAAAAAAGCUGGCACGAUGCACUUGGAACUUCCAGUUUUCAAGGAUGUUGCGGAGGCCAGACAGAAAACUGGAGCAGAGGCUACUAUGAUUUUCGUGCCUGCCGCGGGAUGCGCAAAGGCUAUCGAGGAAGCUAUCGAUGCUGAAAUUCCAUUAGUAGUUGCCAUCACUGAAGGAGUACCUCAGCAUGAUAUGGUGCGUGUUAAACAGAAGUUGUUGCGGCAAAACAAGACGCGUUUGAUUGGACCUAACUGUCCUGGAAUCAUUGCCCCUGGGAAGUGCAAGAUAGGAAUCAUGCCAGGACACAUCCACAAGCCCGGCAAUAUUGGGAUCGUGUCUCGUUCUGGCACGCUGACGUACGAGGCCGUCCAUCAAACCACUAUGGCCGGACUUGGUCAGACGUUGUGUGUGGGUAUCGGGGGUGAUCCAUUUAACGGAACAAACUUCAUCGACUGCUUGGAAGUAUUCCUCAAUGAUCCCGAUACGAAGGGAAUCAUUCUGAUCGGAGAAAUUGGCGGAGGCGCAGAAGAAGCCGCUGCAGAUUACUUGAGCGAACAUAACGCCGGACCUAAUGCCAAGCCAGUCGUGUCAUUUAUUGCUGGAAUAACUGCACCUCCGGGCAGGAGGAUGGGUCAUGCUGGAGCAAUCAUUUCUGCCGGGAAAGGAGGAGCAGAGGACAAAAUCAAAGCUUUGGAGAAGUCUUCCCUUUCCAAAAGUUUGUCGGACGCGUUUGUGGCGGCGAAAGGACAGUCGGGGAAACCGAUUGUGCUGAUCGAAUCAUUGAACGCAUUUGUGAUGUUCUUUGGGAUCUCGAAAACCGUGGCUUUGGUGCACGAGUGGGCGACCCGGGAGAUGUGUAAGGUUUUUGGCGUGUUUCAUACGGAUGGUGCGGAGAAGGAAGAACUGGAAGCUUUAAAGAGUUACGCGGAAGUGUUCGUGCAAACGCAGAAUAGCGGGAAUCUGGACUCGGAUGCCGUUUAUGAAUCUGCCCACGAGUCGUUUCAGAUUUGGUGGGAACAGAAAACCGCCUCUGGAUCUCUUACAUCGGGUGUGGAACUUCUAACGUUGGAUGCGAAAAGUGCAAAACUACUUUCACGCAUGGACAUUCGCGACAGUCCGGUAUCAUUGAAUGCCGGAGAUUCUUCGAAAGCUACCGGUGAUCCAAUCAGUCGCUUGACAUUCAAGCUCUCAUUGUCUGAUAGUGAAAAAGCGGCCAGAGAAGAAGUUGAUCUUCCCUACAUCAAGGCACAAACGAGACAAACCGAAGGUGGUUCAAUGAAGAAGGAUUCUCAGAUACAUUAUAUACCUGAUGUGGAUGAUGAUUAUGAUGAAGAGGAUCCAGACGAUGAUCUGGACAUUUGAUUUGUUCGCAUUUUUGAAAUGAAAGUAAGUUUGUCAACAUCGCGUUUUUUUCAUUCAAUUUUUGUGAUUCCCUGUUUUGAUGGCUUGUUCUCACAAUUUUGGUGUCGUAUAUGUCAGCGUUAGUCUCGAAUCAUCGUGGGAUGGACCAGUUGCAGAACAAUCGUCAGAAAAUGGUAGCAAACAUGUUCCUUCCAAAUUUAAGGUCAUUGCAUUAAUUAUGACGUUAAAAUCAUGUGUUCAGAAUGAAUACGAAUUUCAAUGUAGUUCUUUGUGAAAUCUUCUCAAGAUGAAUUGAUACGGGUUGAGAAUUAUCCGCUAUUUUUAAAUUGUUUGCUAUUUGUAACAGGAAAACGGUUACGGCGUGUUUGUGCCAUGCAGCAACGUUGAAGAGGCUACAAAUAAAGGCAAAGGUUGAAACAAACUAUGAA